UCGAGGAGGCAGGAAGUGAGUCGGCCCAAAUCCUCGGAACGAGUUCUCUGGGAUGGGGUUUGGUCUACCCGACACGACGCGUCCCAAUGGCUCAUAGGGUGUCUCCGAAAGGAGUGGUCGGUCCUGAGUCGCUCAACCUCUUGUAAGAGGAUACAUGACCGACCAACCUUCUCGGAUAGGUGAUGAAUAAGGAACAAAUGCGUUCCCCAAUAAUUGCCCGCGGACCAAAAAAGACAUAGAGGAGUAAACCUCGAGAAAAGAAUCCGUAAUCCUACGUUGUGAGCUACCGUGGCUAUGGGAUGAAUGGCUGCGCGGAGUCAGUCUCGAACGUGUGCCUCUGGGGAUACCUGGCGACCUCCCCAGAGUAUUUUAGCCUUAGCGGGGUAAGGGCGCACUGCCCCGCCGGACACUCUUUCGACCCAACUCGUGGGAAUCAUAUGGAAUCACAAAAACAAAAACAAAAACUAGGAUAUAAGGUAGAGGAGAGGAGAAGAACAGUAGAAGAAGAGGUAAGAAGGAAGGAGGAGGAGGAAGAGGAAAGGCGGAAAUUCGAAGAAGAGUUGAUACUUAGGCAAAAGAAGAAUAAAAAAGUGAACAGGAGUAGGGACCUGGUAACACAAUCAACCAUAAUAGAAGAAGGAAAAAAAGAAGAAGAAGAAGAAGAAGAAGAAGAAGAAGAAAAAGAGGACACGUCCACCACAGACACCAGCGAGGGGGACAUACUGAGAAAAAUCAUGUUUGAGGAGGUGAAAGGGAAAAAAAGCAAAAAAAAAAGGGUAAGGGAAGAAAGUAAAAUUGAAGAAAGCGAAACAAAGAAAGAAAAAAAAGAAGAAAAAGAGAAGAAGGAAGAGGAAAAGGAAAGGGAGGGGGACGGGGAGAUAUGGGAGGAAAGGUUAAUAGAAAAAUUGGUUGAAAUUGAAAAUAUGACGACGGAGAAAAACGUAAUAGAAAAAAUUAAAGAACUCAAGGAAAUAAUUGAGAAUAAAGCUAAAUCAAAAUGCAAAGAAUGCAAAGAAGAAGAAGAAAAAAUAAGGAAAAAAAAAAGAACAGAGAAACUAAAGGAAGCAUUAUUUAAAGCAGAGGGAAAAUUCGAGGAAUGGGCCAGUCUGGCGAAAGAGGAAUGGGAGGAAGAAGUAUACUCUAAGACAGUAUGGCACGAGAGUAGCGUAAUAGAAGCGCUGAAACGGAGGGAAACGUGCGUAAUUCUAGGAAAACUGGGUAACAACGGAGAAACGGCGGACAUAAUAAGAAAAACGAAAGAAGAAAUCUGGACGGUAUGGGAAGAACUGGGUAAGGGGGAGUGGGAAUCCAUCGAAAAUAAAAUCAAAACAAAAAAAAAUGAAAUAAGAUGGUAUAAUCAUAUUGCAAAGGUAAGCGACGAAGAAGAGGGAAGGUUGGAAACAUUUAAUAUCUGUCAACAAAUAUCGGAGGAAAUAAACAGUGGGGCCGAAAAGGAAGUGGUUAUAGUGAUAGGGGAGGGAUUGGAUAAAAUACUGAUCAGAAAAAUAAUAGAAUUCGUAAACAGUAAGAAAGAUAUCAAAUAUAAAAUUAUAUCUAAAAUUGGGGAAACAGUAAAUAAUGGGGGUACGGGGGGAGAAUCACUCUUCAUUAAAACCGGCUCCCUUAAGUACACGGAGGUAUUAAGGAACAUGAAAUCCAACAUUAAAGUUGAUGAAUUAGGAAUCAAGGUAGAGGCGGUAAAGAAAACCGGGGGGGGAGACCUCCUGGUUAAACUCAAAGGCCAGGGGGCAGCGGAAAAGUUGAAAGGUGCCCUUACAGAAAAAAUAGGGGACCUGGCAAUGACGGUAAAAAGAAGAGAGGCCGUCUUUACAAUAAUGGAGGUGGACCCGUCGGUAAACUCACAAGAACUCAAGACGGCCAUCUGUGAGUGGACAGGCCUCAAGGACGACGAUAUAAACAUAAGGAGCAUGAGGGACAGCAGGGGGGGAGGCCAAACGGCCACAGUCGCGGUGAAAGAAGAAAGGGCGGCUGUGGUAAGGGCCAUGAACAAAAUAAGAGUACACUGGCAACUUUGUACGAUAAAAGAAAGAUUCACCCCCCUAAGGUGCUAUAGGUGCCUGGAGUACGGGCACAACACAUACUCCUGUAAGGGUAAGGACAGGAGUGGAAGUUGUUUUAAUUGUUUUAAGGAAGGGCACAGGGCCAAUGAAUGCAAAAAUGAAGCACACUGUCUCUCAUGCGACGAAAAGGGUCAUCGGACAGAUACGAUGGACUGUCCGAAAUAUAGGGGAGCCGUGUUUGGAAGGAGCUAG